AUGUCUUUGGAGUGGCUGAUGGAUUGGAGCUGGUCCCUGGACGGCCUCCGGGAUUUCAUCGCCACGGGCAUCCAGUCCUUCCGGGACUGCGACGCCACCGCCCUCGCCGCCGUCGCCUGCCUCCUGGUCCUCUUCGUGUGGUACUGCUACCACGUGGGGCGGGAGCAGCCCCGCGCCUACGCCACCGUCAACGCCCUGAUGCAGAGCGCCGAGGCCAACGGCGUGCAGAACGGGUACGUCUACUGCCACUCGCCCGAGUGUGUGCGCUGCACGCACCACGACGGCCUCAACCAGAAACUCUACCACAACCUGCAGGAGUACGCCAAGCGCUACUCCUGGUCCGGCAUGGGCAGGAUCCACAAGGGCAUCCGCGAGCAGGGCCGCUACCUCAACAGCCGGCCGUCCAUCCAGAAGCCAGAAGUCUUCUUCUUGCCGGACUUGCCCACCAUGCCCUAUUUCUCCCGGGACGCUCAAAAGCACGACGUGGAGUUGCUGGAGCGCAACUUCCAGACCAUCCUGUGCGAGUUUGAGACCCUCUACAAAGCUUUCUCAAACUGCAGCCUCCCGCAAGGAUGGAAAAUGAACAGCACGCCCAGCGGGGAGUGGUUCACCUUCUACCUGGUGAACCAGGGCAUGUGCGUGCCCAGGAACUGCAGGAGAUGCCCACGGACGUACCGCUUGCUCGGCAGCCUUCGCACCUGCAUUGGCAACAAUGUCUUUGGGAAUGCGUGCAUCUCCGUGCUGAGCCCGGGCACCGUCAUCGCCGAGCACUACGGACCCACCAACAUCCGCAUCCGCUGCCAUCUGGGUAAGUGCCCGGGGACGGGGGGUGGUUCAUCCCGGCUGGGCGUCCCCGCCACCGGCGGACAGCAGCCCAGGAAAGGCCCCUUGCACCCCGCGCUCUCGCAGCCUCACCCCGUUCUUGCAUCCCACCCAGGUCCCCCAGAGGAAGGUCCCCGCGUGGUCUUCAUGGUGGACCUGUGGCACCCCAACGUCGCCGCUGCAGAGCGCCAAGCCCUCGACUUCAUCUUCGCCCCGGGACGAUGA